UAUUUUCGUUCUUCGACUGUCAAACUCAAUCCCGUUCGUUUUUUUCUGCGCUUGUUCUCGUGUUUCGCAGUGCUGCGUGCGGUGAAAAAUCAAACGUGAUCUCGUUCAGCUAGACUUGACCAUCAGAGCCAGCAGAGAAUUUUCCUAACGCAAAAUGUACGCCCCACAGCAGCCUAUUCUCGUUCUGAGUCAGAACACAAAGCGUGAGAGCGGCCGAAAAGUGCAGCUGGAGAAUAUCAAUGCCGGCAAGACGAUUGCUGAUUUGAUCCGCACCUGCUUGGGACCGCAGGCCAUGUUGAAGAUGCUGAUGGAUCCGAUGGGAGGAAUCGUCAUGACCAACGAUGGCAACGCAAUCCUGCGGGAAAUCACGGUUCAACAUCCGGCCGCCAAGAGUAUGAUCGAAAUUGCCAGAACUCAGGACGAGGAGGUGGGCGACGGAACCACUUCGGUGAUUGUUUUGGCCGGGGAGAUGUUGGCCGUGGCCGAACAGUUCCUGCAGCAGCAAAUUCAUCCCACAGUGAUCAUCCGGGCGUAUCGGGAAGCCUUGGAGGAUAUGAUCAAACUGCUGGAAACGGACGUCAGUAUUCCGUUGGACAAAGCGGACAAGUCCAAGCUAGCCGAGGUGGUGAAAUCUUGCGUUGGCACAAAGUUCAUCGGACGUUGGUCGGAUUUGGCGGUGAAAAUUGCCCUGGAUGCCGUGGAGACGGUUAUGAUGACCGAGAAUGGACGCACCGAGAUUGACAUCAAGAAGUACGCCAAGGUGGAGAAGAUUCCCGGCGGAUCCAUUGACGAUUCGUGCGUGCUCCGGGGUGUCAUGCUGAACAAGGAUGUGACGCAUCCCAAGAUGAGAAGGUAUAUUGAAAAUCCUCGUAUUGUUCUGCUGGAUUGCCCCCUGGAGUACAAAAAAGGUGAAAGUCAGACAAACGUGGAAAUCGUUGGCGAUCAGGAUUUCACCAAGCUGCUGCAAAUCGAGGAAGAGCAUGUGGCCAAGGUUUGCGCGGACAUCAUUGCUGUCAAGCCGGAUGUUGUCUUCACCGAGAAGGGCGUUUCGGAUCUGGCCCAGCACUUCCUGUUGAAGGCCGGUAUUACCGCUAUCCGUCGUCUGCGUAAGACCGAUAACAACCGAGUUGCCCGCGCCUGUGGGGCUACCAUUGUGAAUCGCACGGAAGAACUCACGGAGAAGGAUGUCGGAACCGGUGCCGGUCUGUUCGAGAUCAAGAAACUGGGAGAUGAAUACUUCUGCUUCGUGACUCAGUGCGCUGAUCCAAAGGCCUGUACCAUUCUGCUGCGCGGUGCUUCCAAGGAUGUGCUGAACGAAACGGAACGCAAUCUUCAGGAUGCUUUGCACGUUGCUCGAAAUCUGAUGCUGGAACCGAGACUGCUGCCAGGUGGUGGUGCAGUUGAGAUGGCCGUUUCGCAAGCAUUGACGAACAAGCAAAUCCAGGGACCAUACCGUGCCGUUGCCCAAGCCUUGGAAAUCAUUCCACGCACGCUGGCCCAGAACUGCGGAGCAAACACGAUCCGUACGCUGACGGCGCUCCGAGCGAAACAUGCAUCGCACCCGGCUGGAUCCGGUCCGUGCACCUGGGGAAUCGAUGGCGAAUCUGGACAGAUUGUCGACAUGAAGGAGAAGGGCAUCUGGGAACCGCUGUCGGUGAAGCUGCAGGUAUACAAAACCGCUGUAGAAACUGCCAUCCUGCUGCUGCGCAUCGAUGACAUCGUGUCCGGAUCGAAGAAGAAGGCCGAUGACGGCACCGGUGCCGGUCCGGCUCAGAUGGCCCAAGGAAUGGAGUAAUUGAGUAGAUUUAGCGGUUCCUAUGUUAAUCAUCCCUAUAAGUUUACUAAUAAAACUGUCAUUCACUUACCUACACAUAAAAAAUCACACCUCUUGCGGGGAAUUUCGUUAAUUCCCUUUACCGAUAUAAGUUACUCAAUAGGUUUUCCUUCGAAGGAUACAAAGAAUCGUCGCGCAUUUCGUAAACGACAAAGGCCUUGAUUUCCUUGAACCAGGAGCAUCCACACUAACCAUGCGAUAAAGGAGCGAAAAUUGCGCUACACCGAUGCUUACAAUGAUCUAAUAAUGUCAGAGUGCACAGUCAGAUGCGUUUAAAUCGUUUCAAUAAACACGACUCUUUUGCUUUAAAAUCAUAUAA